GCGUUGUAAGAAGUGCAGUAAAUGGAGCCCUCGGAAAAAUGGUUUUGUUUGUAUCUGACGGCAAAAGUAACUUUCUUUAGGCUAUAGCUGUCGAAGAAAGACUAGAUAAAUGGGCAAGGAAUCUUUUGACCCUUAUGUUUUAUAAUUUUAGACCUAGCGGAGGAAGAACAGGAGGAGCUGCCCAAGAGGCCAGCAUUGGCAUUCUAGAUGCCUGGUUUUCUUGACUUUUGUGAGCACUCUGAUAUCUCACCUUUGGAUAUGGAGAUGGGUCCCUCUCAGUUUUGCACUUGCAAUUUUCUAAAGAAUGAUCUUGUGUCUUGUUGUGAAAGAGAGCGGAGCUGCGGAAGUUGAUUCAGGGACACGAUAGUUACAUAAAGGGAAAAAAAAAAAAAAUGAAGUUGGUAAUUAUGGUCUACAUAACUGCAAUAUUAUUAGAAUUCCUUGUCUUGAAUGUACCUACCUUUUGAGUCUACAAGAAAGCAAUAAAUCUGGUGGGUUCGAUUUGGGAAGACCAAUUUGGUAGGAAUUGAGUCACAUUAGAGUAGUUUAUUACGGGGAUUGAAUUUAAGGACCCACUUGCAUAAGAAGAGAAGCAAAGAUCCAAUUGAGUAUUUCCUGUGUUAAGGGGGUACUUAAAUUCAAA